UGUAGUGAGAGAGUACCUCAGCAUUAUACUGCGGACUUCUCAGCAGGAGGAAGCUGAGAGAGAGGGGAUUGCUUCUGCCAUCAGUCUCGUAGCUACCCGUCACCUCAAGGACAUCUUGGUGGUGCUUCAGGAAUUCAUUAACAUUCUGAACCCAGACGAAAGCUCACCCAGUGAGGAUGCACAGCAGAAUAAGUGGAGUAUGGCUUCCAACACCCUUCACCUUUGCUAUGACCAGGUGGCCAAGGAAACAAAGGACAACAUUCUGCCGUGGGUGGACCACAUCCUGUCCCAAAUGUUAUACCACUACUGUCGCUACACUGCCUCAGCCACGAACUUAGGUCUGAAGCUGAGCUUUCUGAAAUCAAUGGCUGCAUUCACCAGAACUGUUGGCGACAUCACCCAGAAAGCAAAAGAAGCCCAUGAAUUCUCGCAGAAAGCUGUCAUUGUGGCAUUCAUGGUGAAGCUGAUUGAAGAAGAGUCAAUUAACUUGCUGUCUAACCCUGUGCGCCAGCAGGCCAUGAUUGUUGUCACGAACCUGAGAAAGCUGAAGCCACCACUAAAGUCUGAGAAGAAAGCUGUUCUACUCCGGGCAUGCUACAAAAGUGUCUUUUCUCUGCCUCCAAUGGAGAUCAUGUUAGCAGAGGCAUGUGAUAAUAUACAAUGCCAACACCCAGAGUCUCUGUACAAGGAAACUAUCGAUGCCUUGAGAGGAAUGCUUGAGGGUUUGGUAUUUGAAUGUCCUGUGGAGGCCCAGAAGAUUUUGGAGUACCUCGAGCCCUGGCUAAUCUCCAGAAAGGAUCAUGAGCGAGAACGAGCAAUGUGGUGCAGUGCCCGGAUCCUAAGAUGUGUGGCCAAGCUUCCCAAUUUUGACACAUCAAUUGAAUUCAGCAGACUGGGUCGCCUGGUUAGGCUGCUUGCCCUUCGAUGCCAUGACCCUGUGGACAACAUCUGCUUCUUGGCAGCCCGGGCAGUAUACAACUUGUAUUGUAUCCAGCUGGUUAAAAAGCAGUUUGAGAAGGGACAUGGAGUGGAGAAGGUAGACACACUACAAAGUCUGGGAACAUACAGUCCUUCUGUGUUCUACAACAACACCUCACAAAUCGCUAAGGCUUUUGCAGAGUAUUUUACCCCACUUCAGCUAACAAACCUGGUUCUGACAGCACUUGAUGGCUUGACAGAUCCCAGGGAAAAAAUAUCUCGGGCAGCUGGAGAACUGCUCAGUGCGAUUCUGGAAGAACGGGGAGCUGACCUGGAGAAGGUAGAUGACACUCUGACUGGCAUUUACAAGCGCCUCAGCCUCAUCCAUGAACCCAUUACGAGGCAGGAAAUGUUGAGGGCAGUGUGCUUCUUGGCUGGAAACAACACCAAGAAAGUGGUGCCUAUCCUGUUGGACCACCAUCUCCCAUGGGACAGCAACACAACUGAGCUAUGGAGGUUCCUGGGUACCAGAAGAGAAACCACCCUCAAUGUUCUUCAGUUGCUGAUAACAAUCCUGGAGGAGAAACCAGUCCAAAAAGUCAAUAGCAGUAUCUCUGAUGAUGAGACCUCCCUCCAGCCUGUUGCUGUAACGUGUGCACUGUGUGAGAUGCUCUCUGUCCCUGGCUGCAGAGAUGCAGUGCAGGAACUUUACCCCAGCCUCUUAUUGGCAGUACUUAGUCAUGUCCAGCGAGUCAUUGAGCAGAACCCAUUAGAGAACAUGGUGGUCUACAGGAAAGAGUGUGGCCAGGGGCACAGGCCAAAGGCAUUCGAUCCUUCCAGCUGUGCUCUGGAGGCUGUAAAGACCCUCCUCUCAGGCGCUGGUUACUUUGAGGUGUUAGACUAUGUAGAGGAACACAGAGGGUGGGACCUCCUCUCCAGCUCCAGUGAUUACUAUUGUGGAAUAAUGGAGAUCACAAGUGCCAUGGUGAAGCAUUUGAAGCCUCUUCAUCUGCACAGGAUUUUUAACAAGCUGAUCCCGCUGCUCAACAGUGAGAAUGAGCAUGAUAAAAUUAUGUCCAGGGCCUUCUAUGCUCAGCUUCUCUGGCAUCGUUCUGUGGCCCAGAGUCUGGAACUCGACAUCUUGGCUCCACUAAAAAAAUGGAUCCAAGAGCCAAAUCCCAUCAUGAGGCUCCUGGGACUCAGAGGAAUUAGUAAUUUAGCUCUCCACCCAGGGAAGGCGACACAUCUCAGAAAUCACCUUCCAGUCCUCCGAGAGUUCCUAAAAGAGAAAGAGGAGAGGAUUGCAGAGCAGGCUGUGAAAGCCCUAAGAAAUAUCAUUUACUACAUGGAAGGGGAAGAGGUCAAGGUUGCAUUCUGCCAUAUCGUCCGGCCUGUUUGGCAGCUAAUUACUGAUGAGAGAGAGAAAGUGCGCAUUUCUGCCAUCAUUGCAUUUGGCAAAAUGCUGAAAUGUGUGAACAAAUAUAAACCUGGACCUGUCAUCCAUAAUGAAAUCUACUGUGCUCUGGUGCCUCUGAUGCUCGUCAUGCAGGGGAAUAAUCAUGAGAUACUAAAGGCAUGUGGAGACACCUUGGCAGAGUGUGCACAGGUAAUGGGGUGGAACCAGAUGAGAAACUUGUUCAGACAAAUGACACUGAGUGACCAUCUUCAGGUCUUGCAAGAGAUGUGCACAUUUCUGGUGAGGAAAUGCAGGAGAAUGGUGGGGGACUUCUUACUUAAGAGCAUAGCCUACCUAAAGAACCCUCAGCCCCUUUUACGAGAGGCAGCAGCCAGGUUUAUAGAGUUCACACUACAGAAUUUGAACUUAAUUCAAGUUGACAGAGAUGAUAUGAUGCUACUGCUCAAUGCUCUUGAUGAUCUCAAAUGUGACCCUGUAGCCUCAGUCUGCAUUACAGCUUUAGACACCAUAACAAAUAUUGAGACAGCUUGUUUGCCUGAAGCAGAGCCUCUUUCUGGAUUGAGGAGGUUUUUCUGCUCUCUGCCUGUUCAAAGAAAGAUGAAGAUUUUUAAAGACAGAGAAAUCCCAUUAAAGUUCAAGUCCAGCUCAAAGCAAUUGAGAGGCAAGACCGUCCCUGAAGAUACCUCAACAGCAGACCAAGAAGAAGGGGAAAAGAGCAUGAAACAGAAGCUAUGGAAGCUCACGAGGAAUCUGAAAAGGAAAAGACUCUAACGUUGUGGAAAUACCUUCCUCAAAGGUGCUGCAGCUGCACAUAAAAAACAGAAAUUGACUAUGCUGAUUGGUCUUCAAACCCUCCAGUAGCUGCUAAAAGAGUGAAAAAGCAGAGUCACCCAGAGCAGCUGAACUAACUGAGGAAGGAAGAGAUCAGGAGAUUUGGCAGGGGGACAUGAAGUGUUCAGGUCUGAUGGACAUGAAGGAGACAGAAGAUGCAGGAGAGAGAAGCAGGAACAGACACAUGGGACAAGGAAAGUGACAGCCUCAAACCAUUUCUUUGGAGCACAAAGCUGCAGAUGGAGAGGGUCAGAGCUGGGGUGGGAGGGAGAGUGCAUACAGCACAAAAGGGAACUGCAAAAUCAGGCCAUGGUUAUUCUCUACAUGACAGAAGGUUUCCAUACUGUCCUAGCAUCUGCCUACCACAUAGCCAGAGAUUAUCUACCAUCAGCUUUACUGUAGCAGUUACCACUUCAGUGACGUCCUGCAAGCUACACCCUCCUCCCAACACAUGUGCCAGAACUAUAGUCUGGUUGUGUCCCUGCUUCCUCCUGGCUAAUAGCAAUAGAGUUAAUUUCCCCUCCCUCUGAUUUUGCUUUGUUUGCUAGUGUUCAUUAACGGUUGUGGGGUUUUUAAAUAAAUGUUGAUGCUAUUUUUCUUGAGUGAUCACCACCCUGUUAGCAAACAUGAGUGCCCAAAAUGAUCAUUACAGUGCAUUUGUCUGUAAUCACCCUGAUCACCAUUCCCAGCACAGGACCUUGCCUUGGCACCAGUCUAACUUUUGUGUAAAUAAAAUCAAGUCGUGGAAUCACAGUAGCACUGGUGGGUGUCAUCCCUAACUAUAAAAAACA